UUCUUUCUUCGUUGUGUGGUGUGUGUGUGUGUGUGAGAAAGAGAGAGAGAGAGAGACAGAGAUGCCGAAGCAGGAGGAGCUAAUAGAGGAGGAAGGAACACUGCAAGGGCAAGUAGAGAUAUGGAAGAUAAUGUUUAGCUUCGCAGAAUCGAUGGCCCUGAAAUGUGCGGUUGAGUUACGUGUAGCCGAUAUAAUCAACUCCCACGGCCAUCCCAUUACCUUACAGGAGAUCGCCGCCGGCAUCGACUCUCCUUCUCCGGACGUCGACUGCCUCGCACGGGUCAUGAGGCUAUUGGUACGCAAACGCAUCUUCACCUCAUCACAACCCAUAGCCGACGACAUCAAAGAGACUGUCUAUGGGCUAACCAACUCCUCCAAAUGGCUCUUAAGGGACUCCUCCACCUCACCAAGCCUGGCAGCAAUGGUGCUAGCGGAAGACCAUCCAUGGCUUAUGGCUCCUUGGCAUUACCUUACUAAAUGUGCCCAAGAAGGCGGCGUGGCUUUCACCAAAGCUCAUGGUUGCCAGAUCUGGGACUUCGCUGCUGCCAACCCAGAGUUCAACCACCUCUUCAAUGAGGGCAUGGCUUGCACUUCAAAAGUUGUUCUUGAGGCUGUGUUGUCGGCCUACAGGGAAGGGUUUGCGGGUAUGGGAUCAGGGUCGGUGGUGGUGGAUGUCGGCGGAGGGACUGGGAUGGCGGUGGCGGAGAUCGUGAAGAGUCAUCCACAUGUGAAGGGGAUCAACUUUGAUCUACCACAUGUCGUAGACACAGCACCUCAGUACACUGGUGUCUCUCAUGUCGGAGGAGAUAUGUUUGUGUCUAUUCCCAAAGCUGAUGUUCACUUCCUCAAGUGGGUAUUGCAUGAUUGGAGCAAUGAAAUCUGCAUAAAUAUUUUGAAGAAUUGCCGGAAAGCAUUGCCAGAAAAAAAUGGAAAGAUUAUAAUUGUUGAAGUGGUGCUGGAGCCAGAAGGAAAAGGCUUAUUUGCUGAAACUGGAUUGGUGCUUGAUUUGCUUAUGAUUGCUCAUACCUCUGGUGGGAAAGAGAGGACCAAGAUAGAAUGGAAAAAGUUGUUGGAGGAAGCAGGAUUUCCUAGCCAUAAAAUCAUCCAAAUUCCAGCUCUUCCAUCUAUUAUUGAGGCCUACCCAGAGUGAUUUAGUUUCUUGAUUGUGCUUGUCUUUGAACCCUAGGUAAAGAUAUAUAUACAAUGUGUACAUUGGAAUAAUAAAUAAUGCAUGCUGUGAAUGCUAGAAUUGUCUCUAUCAUUACCUCUAAAUUGUGUUUGUGAAUAAUAUCAAUUCUCAAAGGUCCAAUGAAUAGGAUGUUUAGUGAUUAUGGUCUGAUUUAUACA